GUCUGCUUGAUGGAUGGAAGACGCACACAGAUGUAUCUAGGGCACGCAGUCUAGUUCAGACGAUCACCGGCGUCUCUCUCCCCCUCCUGUUCCUCUUUCUCAUCUAGGUCUCACUUCACCUCUCUAUCUCUCGUCAAGUAAGCUAUUUCUGCACCUCAGGGUCAUUUAAAAUGACAGAGCCUUCCAAAGUCAUUCAUGUACGCAAUGUGGGGCAUGAAAUUUCUGAGGUUGCGAUUUUACGCUAGAAUGACUUACAUCAGCUAUUCCAGCAAUUUGGGGUCGUAACCAAGGUUGUGAUGCUUCGCGCCAAGAAUCAGGCACUCCUCCAAAUGCAAGAUAUUCCUUCAGCUGUUAAUGCACUGCAGUUCUACACAAAUGUUCAGCCAAGCAUAAGGGGAAUGAAUGUUUAUGUUCAAUUCUCAUCCCAUCAAGAACUAACAACUAUGGAUCAGAAUUCUCAAGGCCGGGGGGAUGAGGAGAGAACUCUGUCCUCUUUGAAGUUGCCUAGGGCUGUUGUUACUAACGGGCUAUCCUCAUCAGUCUCAGUUGAUGAGUGCCCCUCAAUUGAUAAUUCAGAGAGGACUGAUGGAGGUGCCUUUGAUGGAAGUGCCAGUCAUAUACAAAACAAUGGGAGGCGGAGGCAAAAGGUUCAGGAUCCUGCUCGAGAUCUUUCAAUUCAAGUAUUGGAGAAAUUCUCUCGUGUGACUAGAUUUUCUGGGAAAGUCAUAGUGAUAUUUUUGGCACUAAUGAGAGGAGGACCCAUAACCUGACUCCUCACGAUUACCCUAGCAACGUGGCAUCCAUUAUGUAGAAAAGGUUGCUGAACAAAUUCCUGUAACCAAAGAUCCUUUGGAGGAUUACAGAGAGCACAACGAUGACACCACCGUACACUUUGAAGUUAUUAUGUCCGAGGAGAACUUGAUCAUGGCAAAGCAAGAGGGCUUGCUAAAGAAAUUUAAACUCACCACAACUAUCAGCACAAGCAACAUGCAUCUGUUCGACCCAAAAGGCGUGAUUAAGAAAUAUGAAACCCCUGAACAGA